AAAUCUCUUCUUCCCACUGUGAGAAAAAACUGAGAAAGAGAGGCGGAGGUUCUUCUUGUUCAGAUCAAACCAGAGAGCGGCGGAGAUCUGUGGAGCAAAAUGGUGAAGUUUUUGAAACCAAACAAAGCCGUAAUCGUCUUACAAGGGCGAUUCGCUGGAAGAAAAGCAGUGAUUGUGAAGCAAUUCGAUGAAGGAACUCGUGAACGACCUUAUGGACAUUGUUUAGUCGCUGGAAUCAUGAAGUACCCAAAGAAAGUGAUCCGCAAAGAUUCAGCAAAGAAGACAGCAAAGAAAUCUAGGGUUAAAGCUUUCAUCAAGGUUGUGAAUUACAAUCACAUCAUGCCUACUCGUUAUACUCUUGAUGUCGAUCUUAAAGAUGUUGUUUCUACUGAGGUAUUGACAUCUAGAGAUAAGAAAGUUACUGCUGCUAAGGAGACUAAGAAGCGUUUGGAGGAAAGGUUCAAGACUGGGAAAAACAGGUGGUUCUUUACUAAACUCAGGUUUUAAGCUCUUUUUCAUUUUGGGAGAAGGGUUAGGGUUCAUCUGGGUUCAGGGUUGUUAUCCCUUUUUAAUUUUCAAGUUUUUGAACAAUAUUGUUGAAGCUUCGUACUUAAUUUUGUUGUUAGGUGUUUAAGAUUUUGAAAGAUUAUUGGUGUUCUGAGGCUUAUUUAGUUAAUGGUGCAUCAGACUUUGUCUUUGAAUUGAUGGGUUUCUGAAAUUGAAUGUUAAAUUUCAUUAUUCAUUGCA